AUGGCCAAUAAGCAUUCUAUUGAGCUCCAGGGACAAACUGAGGACGAACCCAUCAAGGAUCCUGCCCAGCGGGAUGUCGACAAAUCCGCCAUGAGUUUCACGGCUAUUCUAGGCUUACAGGAUGAACUCAAUCUCCAGGGCGAGGACUAUUCCUGGGCGAGCAGCAUUUACUAUUUUGGCUAUCUGGCUGCAUCAUAUGUUGCCGCUCUGCUAUUAGUUCACUUCCCUGUUGGCAAGAUGAUUUCUACGUCCAUUAUUGUCUGGGGUGUCGUGCUAAUGCUUAUGGCGACGGCAUUCAAUGACAAGGGCCUCAUUGCUGUUCGAUUCUUCUUGGGUGCGACUGAAGCUGCUAUUGCGCCUGGUCUGGGAAUUGUCGUUUCUAUGUGGUAUAAGAGAUCUGAACAGCCGUUUCGCCAUGGUAUCUGGUUUCAGGGGAUCACCAUUGCUGGAAUUUUUGGUGGGCUUCUGGCGUACGGCAUCGGUCAUGUGGAAAGCAUUGCUCCAUGGAAGGCCGUCUUUCUCAUCUUUGGGGCAAUCACGAUUGUCUGGUCUUUUGUGCUUUUCUACUGGCUUCCAGAUACCCCAACAAAUGCCCGUUUUCUCAGCGAAGAAGACAGGUACAAGGCCAUCCGACGAGUCCAGGAGAAUAUGACCGGUAUAAAAAGCAAUGAGUUCAAGCUUCAACAAUUUAUAGAAGCUCUUCUGGAUUUGAAGUGCUGGGCUCUUGUGCUUAUUCAACUAACAUGCUCUAUUCCGAAUGGCGGAGUGUCGAAUUUUGGCUCCAUCAUCAUCGAAGGAUUCGGCUUCAGUACCCUGAACACAUUACUUGUUCAGAUCAUAACAUACGUGAUCCAAGGUCUCCUCGUUUACCUCUCCACUGCAGGAUGUUCCUGGUUCGAGAAUAGCCGAACAUGGUGGAUGGUCUGGAAUGCGGGCCUUUCAAUCGUCGGAGCCGCAAUGGCUCGACAAAUAUCUCCUAAUAAUGUCUGGGCUCGGUUCUUCGGAUAUUGUCUUGCAAAUGCCUAUUCUGUGAACUUUCCUCUGACCCUAGCCAUGUCCACGGGAAAUAUUGGUGGCUUCACCAAGAAGACGACCGUGAAUGCAAUGAUCUUUAUCGGAUAUUGCACUGGUAAUAUCAUCGGCCCGCAUUUAUUCUUCGAUGACGAGGCUCCUUCAUACCCCUCAGGCUUUCUGGCAAUGCUGAUAUGCUUCGGAAUCACAUUUUGUAUUCCCAUCGGUCUGCGAUUCUAUCUUAUCUGGGAAAAUAGGCGCCGUGAUCGCUUGGAUCAAGGGAAUAUUGGUGAUUCUAUUGAGGACUUAAAUGCGGCUCUUUUGGACAAGACCGAUAAGGAGCUCUUGCAUUUCCGUUAUGUCUACUGA